AUGACUAGUUUGUCUGUACGCUUCGGCUUAGCACUUCUUCACAGUACACUAAUUCUAUCAAUAUUUGGUGUUAUUGGCAUAAAUACUGUUUCCAUGUCUGAUUUGGAGUCAAUAAUCACAUCUCACGGUGGGCAAGUACUGCGAAUUACCGAUGUGGGAUAUCCUAAGGCGGCCACUCUUUGGAAUGCGGCGAUUCAAGUUUGGCCUAGUCUUAUAAUACGACCUGCAACAUAUGAUGAUGUCGCACUAGCACUUUCUACGCUCUAUUCACUCAACGUACCUAUCCGUAUCAUGGGUGGUCGACAUAGUUAUGGAGGUUAUUGUAGCCAUCGAGGUGUAGUACUCGAUUCUACAUUACUAAAAAAGCUAGAAAUUGAUUGGGAAAGCGAAACGAUAACAAUGCAAGCAGGUUUGAUUUGGAGCGAGGUUUAUGCAGCCUUGAAUGGUUCAGAGUAUGCAAUUAUUGGUGGAUUGUGUCCGACCGUCGGUGUAGUCGGUUAUACAUCUGCGGGUGGUUAUAAUUCUUUAUAUUCUCGCUCGUAUGGAUUAGGAUCGGAUAAUGUUCUCAGUUUUAAAGUAGCCACAUACAAUGGUACCAUUGUCACUGCAUCAUCCACUAGCAAUCCUGAUCUAUACUGGGCACUUCGUGGUGGUGGUGGAGGAAAUUUUGGCUACGUCUUAGAAAUGAUACAUAAGAUUCAUCGGAUUAAUCAAACGAAUUUGCCCACUGGUCAACAUUCGUUUUUGAGUAUCACUUGGUCGAAUCGAAACGAUUUCCGAGCUGUUCUUCGCAAUUGGCUCAAAUUCGUAGACGAAGUUGCUAAUUUUGAUACUCGCAUUGGAUUUGAUGUAAUCAUCUUCACUAAUUCUGAAAACAGUUUUCUCUUAAUUUAUGGUUCAUUCAAUGGUCCACAUGCAGACCUUGAAUCAAUAUUUCAACCUUGGUUAUCCAAAGGUCCAAAGCCAGACAUUUAUACGGUGAAAAAUUUUACUCAAUUUGAGGUCAUCACUGUAACUGGCACGGCAAACUAUCCGUUUCCAGUCAAGGAACGACAACAUAUUGUUUCUGCUAUGGCUAUCAAUAUCACAGAGGCAAUGCUCGAUGUUCUUCUGGAGUCUCAACCAAAUACCACAUUUCAAAUUUCACAAUACAUAGGUGUUAUUUAUCUUCACGAUACCAAUAAGGACAAAAAUACAGCUUGGGCAUUUCCAGAUAUUACUUUUGAUAUUGCUCCUGGAUUUGUCUGGUAUACAUCUGAAGACGAUUCUACGGCCAUCAACAUAGCCGAAAGCUGGCUAAAGAGACUGAUGAAUGCCGCAGCACCGACAGAAAGCAUUGUUGGAGGCUAUCUUAACUAUAUCGAUCCGUAUAUGGACAAUUGGCAACAAAUGUACUAUCGUGAACAUUGGGACCGAUUGAGAGAGAUCAAAACUGUAUGGGAUCCGACGUGGUAUUUUCGUUUUCCUCAAGGAAUUCCACCGAACAAUCCGUAA